GGAAUGUCCACAUCUAAUAACUCCCACUUUCAUUCUCCCACCUGCAUCUUGCUUGGUGUGCCGGGACUGGAGCCUCUCCAUCCCUGGCUCUCCAUCCCUGUCUGUGCUGGGUAUGUUAUUGCUCUUCUGGGGAACGUCACCAUCCUCUUUGUUGUGAAGAUGGAAGCCAGCCUCCACCAGCCCAUGUUCUACUUCCUCUGCCUGCUCUCCUUCAUAGACCUGGGUCUCUCCACCUCCACCCUGCCCAAGAUGCUGGCCAUUUUCUGGUUUGGCCUGGGGGAGACCACUUUUGGUGCCUGCCUGGCCCAGAUGUUCUUCAUCCACACUUUCACAGGGAUGGAAUCUGUGGUGCUCUUGGCCAUGGCCUUUGACAGGUACGUGGCCAUCUGUGACCCUCUGAGAUAUGCCACCAUCCUGACCAAGGAGCAGGUGACCUGGAUAUGUGUUGUUGUGGUGUUGCCACCAACAAUUCUUGUAAUUCCCAUGGCUUUGUUGACUCUCCGCUUGCCCUUCUGCAAUGCCCAUAUCAUCAUCGCACAUACAUACUGUGAGCACAUGGGCAUUGCCCAGCUGGCCUGUGCAGAUAUCCGGGUGAACAGCGCCUAUGGCUUAUUUACUAUUGCCUUUCUUAUGCUGAGUUUAGCCUUUGUUUUUGGGUCCUAUGUGCUAAUCCUAAAGGCGGUUUUCCAUCUCCCUUCUAGGGAGGCCCGGCUCAAGUCCUUGAGCACCUGUGGCUCCCACGUUGCUGUAAUUUUUGUCUUCUACACACCAGCCUUCUUCUCCUUCCUCACCCACCGCUUUGGACAUAACAUUCCCCACUUUGCCCACAUCCUCAUUGCCAACCUCUAUAUCAUUCUGCCUCCAAUGCUCAACCCAGUCAUUUACGGAGUGAGGACCAGGGAGAUCCGGAAAAGAAUUCUGCAUUUGUUCAGCCCUGGAAGGGGAGCUUUGACCAACAUUUCCUGA